AUGGAAAAUAGCUCCUCCGACACACCUUGGCAGUCUGCCCUCAGCGUGCCCAUCCCCGUCCCGGCUACUUGGCGCUUCCCCUCGACAUACUACGUCGCCGUCGCCGCGGCCUUGCUCGUUGCCUGGUUAAUACAGUCCAGGAAGCGGCACUGUACCCUCCCCGUUCCUCUUUACAAGGCCUCCAAGACCAAGUGGAUCUUUUCGGCAGAGACUCUCGUCAAGGAUAGCUACCGCAAGUUCCAAGACAAGGUGUACCAGAUUAGUGGCACCGAGGGGCCUCAACUCGUUCUGCCCUCCAACUAUGUCGGCGAGCUCAAGACUCUGCCCGAAGACGUCCUAAGUGCCAAGGAGGCCAUUGCCGAUGCCCUCCAAAGCAAGUACACAAAGUUCUCGCCCGGCCACAACGAUGAGCUCUUGACACUGCUCUUGCGGACCCGUCUGACGCAAAAUCUCGUCAAGCUCGCUCCCCAGCUCAAGGAAGAGCUCGAGUACAUUGUCGCCACAGAGUUCCCUGCCUGCGACGACUGGACCCCGGUGAAAUGGCACCCCUUUGCUCUGAGGGCCGUGACUCGCCUCAGUGGCAGGGCGUUUGUCGGCCCUGACAUAAACCGCCAGGAGCGGUGGAUGGACACGAGCAUCAACUUUGCCAUCCACGUCUUCAUGGCUGGCGCCAAGCUCCAAUUCUUCCCCGAGUGGGCGCGGCCCUUUACCCAAUAUUUCGUGUCGGACCUGGGCAAGAUUCGCCGCGACAUUGAAAACGCCAAAAACAUGAUUAGGCCAAUCCUGGAGGAGAGGAUCCGUGACCUGGACUCCCCGAGCUGUGAGAAGCCCCCCAACGACAUGAUGCAGUGGCUCAUCGAGGCCUUGCCCGACAAUGAAAAGGCAGACGUGCAGACGCAGGCAGAACUGCAGCUCGUGACUGCGGCGGCCUCGAUCCACACGACGCACGGCCUUCUCUGCGAGUGCAUAUACGACUUGGCGGCCCAUCCCGAGAUUCAGGACGAGUUGCGCAAGGAGGCUCAUCAGGUCCUCGAGGCGGACGAGGGCUGGAUGAGAAAGGAUAGCAUGGCAAAGCUGAAGAAGAUGGACAGCUUCAUGAGGGAGGUGCAGCGACUACGCGGAAACAUCGUCUCCUUCCUCCGCAAGGUUAUGAAGCCCAUCGCUCUCUCCGACGGCACUCAGCUGCCCGUCGGCACCCGCGUCGUUGCGCCCCUGGCCGGCAUCGCCCACGACGAGCGCUUCUUCCCCAACGCCGAUCAGUUCGAUCCCCUACGCUUCUACCACCUACGCCAACAGUCUGCCGAGGCCAACAACCGCCUGCAGUUCACGUCCAUCGGCGACACGUACGUCAACUUUGGGGCCGGCCGCCACGCUUGUCCCGGCCGCUUCUUCGCCGGCAACGAGAUCAAGCUGAUGCUCGCCCGCUUCGUCCUGGGCUACGACAUCCGGCUCCGGCCGGGUGACCAGAGGCCCAAGCCCAUGUCCAUUGUCAUGACCAAGUCGCCCAGCCCCGAUGCGGUGCUGGAGUUUCGGCGGCGACAGCCGUAG